AUGGCGGCUUCAUCUCAUCUCUUUGCACUCCCUUCGCGUCUGGACACAGCUUCUCCGUUUCUCUCCGCACCAAACCGGAAUCGAGUCUGCAUCAAUGCGAAAUCAUGCCCGGACAAUCAGAGCUUCGAUUCGAACGAUUCCGAUUCUUCGUCGGAGAAUAACAACAAAACCCAGAAAUCUAUAUCACGGAGACAGUGGAUGACAUGUGUGUGCUUAUCUCCAGCUCUAAUCAGCAAUGCGUAUACUUUUGUCUCUGUACAAGACGCAGCCGCACUAGACAAGAAACCAGGAGUUUGCCGUAACUGUCAGGGCAUUGGUGCUGUUCUUUGUGAUAUGUGUGGUGGCACAGGAAAAUGGAAAGCUCUAAACAGAAAACGUGCAAAAGAUGUAUAUGAGUUCACAGAAUGUCCAAACUGUUACGGACGAGGGAAGCUUGUUUGUCCGGUCUGUUUGGGUACAGGUUUACCAAACAACAAAGGGCUUCUAAGAAGGCCUGGUGCUCGUGAGCUACUCGACAAGAUGUACAAUGGUCGGCUUCUUCCCAAUUCAUGA